UUGCCGUCAGCCAAUAUGAACACCGAUGGCGCGCUUUUAGAAUUUGUCUCGCUGUACGCUGCGGUGUUGUUAGUACAUACAUGUCGGUAUAGAUAAGAGUAUCUUGGCCGUGAUUUGAGACUGAUUGAAUAAUUCAGUUCAAUUUUGGCUGUGACAAUGCACGGGCGAUUGCUGGGUUUAGCUGUGCUGUUUCUAAGCUGGCGGUCAACCGAAUGUGCUCGGAUACUAGGAAUUUUACCAUCCGCCGGGUGGUCGCACUAUGCGAUUGGAGAAGGAAUCAUGAAAGCACUAGCACGUGCAGGACAUGAAGUAACAGUAGUGGGAGCGCAUCAUUGGAAACAGGCUCCGGAGAACUAUCGCAGUAUCGUGUUAGAAGAACUUGUGUUUGAUAAAGGAGGUGCCGAACCCGAUUUGUUCCAGUAUCGUAAUGACCCAUAUUUGAAAGUGCUUUAUCUGCUGUAUACUCUGAUAGGACCGGGUUUAUCAGAAACGGUUUUAAGCCACCCGAAGGUGAAAGAGUUGCUACAAUCAGAUGCUACAUUUGACGCUGUCAUUGUUGAGUGCUUCGUUAGCGAAGCUCUGUACGGUUUCGCACAACACUUCAAGGCUCCUCUUAUCGUUUUUUCACCUUUCGGUGCAUCCAUGUGGGCAAACGACCUCGUAGGAACGCCAUAUCCUUACUCUCAAAUUCCACACACGUUUUUAAGCUACACCGAUCGCAUGACGUUGAUGGAAAGAACAGUCAAUACACUGGUGUGGAAUGCAGACCGAUUUUACUAUCGAAACUUGUAUCUACCACGCCAAGAAGAAAUGUACAACAAAUAUUUUCCAAAUGCUGAGCUCUCAUUCGAACAGAUGAUGAAGAACACUAGUUUGGUUUUGCUUAAUCAACACUUCACACUGAGCUUUCCGCAUCCUUAUGCGCCAAAUAUGAUAGAAAUUGGUGGAAUUCAAAUGAAUGAACCCAAAGCGCUCCCUGAGGACAUUCAAAAGUUCAUCGAUAACUCUGAACAUGGUGUUAUUUACUUUAGCAUGGGCUCCAUGCUAAAGGGUUGCAAUUUUCCCGUGGAAAAACGCAACGCUUUCAUCAAAGCCUUUUCCAAAUUGAAAGAAAACGUUCUGUGGAAAUACGAAAAUACUAGUCUGCCAGACAAACCGAAAAACGUUCUGAUUAAACAAUGGAUGCCUCAGAAUGAUAUUUUAGCUCACCCGAAAGUUAAGCUAUUCGUCACCCACGGUGGACUUCUUGGCUCCACGGAAGCACUGUAUCAUGGUAAACCUUUGAUGGGAGUUCCGAUUUAUGGAGAUCAACGACUGAAUAUGGCCCGUGCUAGAAACGGCGGCUACGGAAUUGAUAUUGAGUACGAACAUAUAGAUGAGGACAACAUUUAUCAAAGUAUCAGAACCGUCCUCGAUGAUGUUUCGUUCACCGAGAAGGCUAGGUUGAUCUCAAACCGAUUUCAAGACAAACCUCUGAGUCCGGCAGAAGCAACCGUAUUUUGGGUCGAGUACAUUAUUCGACAUCGUGGCGCUCCCCAGUUACGCUCCGUGGCCGUUCAACUGUCUUUUAUUGAAAGCAAUCUGUUGGAUGUGUACGGAUUAAUGAUAUUAAUAGUUGUGAUUGCCGUGGGAAGUAUAGUUUUAGUGCUAAGGCGUGUGGCAAAGUUGAUUGGCAGAUCGCCAAACUACGGAAAUAGUGGUAAAAAUAAACUAGACUGAAAUCUGUAGCUAGAGCGGGGAAGGUUAGUCAAUUAUCAGUUUUCAUACACAUACUGUAUGCUAUUAGAUUAAUAAUUCACGCUUAUCAAUUGUGGUCAAAGCGUUACGUACACGAUUGGAUUGCCAACUUUUCAAAUGAAAAGGAUUUAUCGCACAACCGGUAAUGAACUUUUUGCCGCCUUAUUUCCGUCUUGUUAAUAGGAUUGAUUUUAGAUUUAAAUACCUGUAAAAUGUGUGUUACUAUUAUUAAGUCAUAUUAAAUGACUGGCAUUAGUGCGACAUUGAAUCUAAAUGGUUUAGAAUGGAAUUUGACUGUAGUUUUUACAGUCCUGCAUAGUAACAAGCAACAAGUAAUAUAAUGUAUAUACUAUGAACUUCUCUACUUGAUUUACUUAGUUAGUUAAAUUAUGAUAAAAAUUAAUUCGUUGUCACUCCUGUCGAUAGAUAGCCAAUAUAGUGAAAUCUCAAAUACGAAAAUAAAUUAUGUUAUACUAAAAACUUCGUAAAAUAAAUGUUAAUCGGAUGGGAUUUUAU